CUAGCUAAGCCAAAAGUCUUCAAAUAACUCAUUUUUCUUCUUCCUCUUCUCCUUCUCUUUCAACUUCAAAAAAAAUAAAGUGUCAUGGAAGGACUUAUUCCAUUAGUAUACAAAACCAUUAAGAGAACAAAAACUCGUCGAAAAUAUGAAUGUCUCUCUUUAGGUGUUGCUAAUACUUACGAUAUCGAAAAUUUCUAUCCAAAAAAUACUAGUAAAGAUUACGAAAUGUCAUCAAUUGAUGAUCAGAAGAUGGUGGUUGACAGUGAUGAUGGUAAUCAGACAGAGAAAAAACGUCAUCAUAGACGAACACAAUCCCUCCACGUGGAAUAUACCGGUGGAGUUGUACCGGAGGAUAAUAUUCCGGUGAAGGAUAAACAACUUUUGAAAUUUAGAAGUCAUCGUAGAAUGUUUUCAUGUGUUACUGGUGGAUGAAGAAAUAAUUAAAGGAGUAUGUAUGGUUUUCAAAUUGUUUUUAUAUAUCUACAUUUGAUAUUAGAAAAUUACUGGCUCGAUUAAUUCAGAUUUACUAGAGAGCAAGUAGGAUUUCCUUGAA